AUGUCUGUUGGCACCUUAUCUAUCUAUCUAUCUAUCUAUCUAUCUAUCUAUCUAUCUAUCUAUCUAUCUAUCUAUCUCAGUUUCUUCAUCUAUAUACCUACUUAUCUAUCUAUCUAUCUAUCUAUCUAUCACGGUAUGCUACUUUUAUAUUUAUACAUUAAAGUGACAGUGGUACCCUCCCUCUCUCUCUCACUAUCUAUCUAUCUAUGUCUGUUGAUAGCGAUAUAUCUAUCCAUCUAUCUUACACUGUCCAGUUCAUAUUCAAUCACGUUGGCAAGAAAUCUUGAUCUAUCUAUCUAUCUAUCUAUCUAUCUAUCUAUCUAUCUAUCUAUCUAUCUAUCUGUCUGCCUGCCUGUCUAUCUCAGUCUAUUCCAUUCUAUCUCAGUCUGUUCCAAUCUAUCUAUCUCAUUUUAUACAUAUCUAUCUCAGUCUGAUUCUAUCUAUCUAUCUAUCUAUCUAUCUAUCUAUCUAUCUAUCUAUCUAUCUCAGUCUGUUCCAAUCUAUCUAUCUCAUUUUAUACAUAUCUAUCUCAGUCUGAAUCUAUCUAUCUAUCUAUCUAUCUAUCUAUCUAUCUAUCUAUCUAUCUCAGUCUGUUGCAAUCUAUCUCUCUCAUCUGAUUCUCUCUCUCUCUCUCUAUCUAUCUAUCUAUCUAUGUCAAUCUGUUGGCAAAUAUGUGUAUGA